AUGUUAGAAAGGGGACACUUCAAAGCACAUAUUCCUUUUCUUUUCUUUUUCUCUUUUUCCUUCUUUUUCUCUGUUCUUUUCCUUCUCCCUCUUUUUUUUUCUUUCCCUUUUUUCCUUUUCUUUUUCCCUUCGUCUCAUUUUUCUUUUCUUUCUCUCUUUUUCCUUUUCCUUCUUUCUAUCUGUUCUUUUGCUUCUGCCUCUUUUUUGAACCAGCAAUUUUGUCAUUUAAAACCCUUACAAUUUAAUUCUAUCUAUCUAUCUAUCUAUCUAUCUAUCUAUCUAUCUAUCUAUCUAUCUAUCUAUGUUGAACAUCACGUUGUUCAGCUGGAAAAUUGGAUUGAUGAAUAUACAGCAGAGUUACCUCCCUUGAAAAACUUCAUUCUACCUUCUGGUGGAAAAGCUUCCUCUUCUCUUCAUAUGGCCAGAUCAAUUUGCCGCAGAGCUGAACGAAGAGUGAUUCCAUUAGUACAAGGUGGAGAAAUGGAUGAUGCACCUUUGAAAUACCUAAACAGAAUAAAGGCUGUCUCCUCUCACUCUCUAUCCCUGUUCAUAUCUAUCUAUCAUCAGUCUGAUCAUAUCUAUCUAUCUAUCUAUCUAUCUAUCUAUCUAUCUAUCUAUCUAUCUAUCAGCAGUCUCUUCAUAUCUAUCUAUCCCCAUCCAUUCUCUCCUCAUCUAUCUAUCUAUCUAUCUAUCUAUCUAUCUAUCUAUCUAUCCAAACUUAUUGUCUGUCUAAACCUAUUCAUAUCUAAGUUAUGCUACUCAUCCCCUCCUACUACUCUCUCUCUCUCCUCAAAUCUAUUUAUCUAUCUAAACCUCUCUAUCUAG